AUGAUUUCUUAUUCUACGGAUCAUUUUCAUACCCAUGAUAGAUUGAACCUGCCGACUUUCAUCCAUAUCAGUUUGAUGACUAAUGAAGAGACUGAUGAAAGAAUCAAUUUUCCAUUCUCAUACCGCUUGGAAGAUCCUACUCUAGAAAGAAUCGCAGUAAAAAAACUAAAAUGCGUUGAGAAAGGAUACGAAUAUCCCCAUAUAGAUAUUGUCUUUGCCAGAGGAGAAACAAAUCUAUCAAGAAACAUUAUUGUGGCACCCGAGGAGAAUGAGAAAACUUGUGGAUUCUACAAAAGCGUUCAAACCAUAUCUCGCAGUCCCGAGUGCGAACUUCUUCCAGAGUAUGAAACGGGGAGCAAUUUGAAUGGGUAUAUGGUUUUUGCGUACAAGACAAUGGAGCACAUGCACACUCCAAAGUUCACGAGCUCGUGGAAAACAUGGUCCGGAGCUAGAAUGCUGAGCACACGGAUGCCUCUACCGCAUAUUGUCACAAAAUUAUCGUUUUUCAAAAAAGUCUCUGGACAGCUAAACUUCGAGUACAUCCUAAUUGCGAAAAUCAAAAAUAUGAUGGUGAACGCCGCUCCAGCACUGAACGUACUUCACUACAUGAAGCCAAAAGUUUGUGCUUAUGUUGGAGCCUAUCGCAAAAUAUCGUUCGAGGUUAACAAGAGUUUGUGCCGCAGUCUUGGACUUAUGGAUGCUAAUUAUGUGGACGCAAUGACCAACCGAUUCCGAGUCACCUACAGUAACAACACUGGGUAUGUCGAGUUAUCAGAUUUCAUCGAGUUUCGUUGCAAGGCGGAAGAGGAAGAGGCAAGAGAAGCCAAAGAGAGACACAUCAGGAAGUCGACUCAUGUUCAGACUGAACCGACUACAUCAUCGAAAAAUGCACGGAGAACAUUGCCAAGAACCCUACCAAGCACACCGAGCAGCUCUAGUCGUUCUCCAUCAACCUCUCACACAUUUUACCCCUCUUAUCCGUCACCGAACUCUGUGAUCGGAAGUGUACUUCAACAUAAGAGUCAGAUUGUGACCGUUGGCAACAAUUACCUCCUUGUCCUUGAUAAUCGCGACUUGGAAGCACCAAGAGAGACAGUUAUCAAUGAUCAACCAGGAACGAGCCAACCACAACCGAUCGAGCACAAAACACAUCUAUUUCAACGAAGCCCACAUCAACACCAUUCGAAUAAUGAGCUUCCACCACCAGUUCUCCAUUUUCCGGCUCCCCCAGAAGACGACGGGGCACUGCUUCGUCAACUCAAAACGAAGUACUUCAAUUCAGAAGAAUACACAUCGGCCGAGUUUUGCGAACAUGUUGCAGAAUAG